ACAGGUGUGGCUUAGAGUUUGAUGAAAAUUAUGUUGGUGGUGUUGCUGAAUUGCUGACUGUCUGAGCUUUGAAAGUAGAGGCCUGCUGAAAGAUGGAGAGAGGAGGAAACAAACAGAAACCACCUCCAAACCCAAAGCCUUAUCAUUUAACUACUAAACCAGCUACUACUACUAAACCCUCACCCUCUCUUCCCUUGAGAUCAAUUCCCUAUGGACAAUCAUACACCAACACAGCAUACCCUAAUAAUGGCACUAAUGAUGAGGAGUACCUAAGUAUGGAUGGUAUAGGACCUACUUCAUAUCCACCACCUGCGACUGCUUUAGCUUAUCCUCGUCCUCCAAUACCCUAUCCUCCUCCUCAAUCGAACGAGAACCGUCCACCUGAACUACCACCGAGAGAUGUAAUGAGACCUGUCUCUAAUGGCACGACAUUCCAAACCUAUGUUGAUGCAAAUUCAAAAAGCUUUCCUUGUGAUGUCAUCAUUGAUACUGGCUACUAUGGUGGCCACGGCAAGUCCUCGCUGUACGAGGAACAACUGACGCUUCAUUUUGAGAUGAAACUCCGCACGGUACGUGGUAAAGUAGACCGUGGGGCCACCUAUCACAUCCCUCUAUCAUCCUCGCUUCAAUUCAGUCUCCUCCAUAAUCCUACUGAUAAUAUCCAACAGGCCAUGCUGGGGCAUUACUUUGAGACUGUUGGACAUAUACUGGCCCAACCAUCACGGAACAGACCAUUGGCUAUAUGUGUUACCCAUACCUACACAGGUCCUAAUGCUGAGUCCAGUGUAUGUGAAGGUGAUAUUCUCCUCAUCAGUCCUCGAGUCCACACUCGAACCUUCAAGCAAGGGAAAUUCAUGAAAUGCGUUGACAUCGAGUCGGGAGAAGUCAAGAUGCUCCAUGAGAACUGUGUCGCCGGUUUUACAACUCAACCGGAAAAGAUACGCAUGAGCCUCAAGGACUUCUGGAACCAUAAGUACUGCCCUCCUCCAUUAAAGGUAGUCAUGACUCACUCACUGCCUCAGGUGGUGCUGCCUCAGAAUGCACUGGUGACACUAUUGGCUGAAGAAUGGGAGGAGUCUGUCAUAGCAACUCACAUGCAGGAACUGGAGCAGAUGACACAGUCCGCAGCAGCAAAUGGUACCCAAACGAUACGUAUACUAAAGGACAUAGGUAUAUCGGUGAAACCAGCAGAGGGAAAUGGGUCUAAGGACACAAGCAGUCUUCAACAAGAGACCUACCACCUGUACAACGAGUUUGAUCUAGUUUAUAUCAAUCAGCAUCUUUUCUCCGACGAUCCGGUUUGGCCUAAUUUCGAGGAAGUUCAGUCAAUGUUCUACAAGUCAGUGAUGAAGGACUGCACUCAAGACUACUCCAUUAAGAAACCAGAGAGCCUCUUGAAGAAUAUCAAGCGUCAAAAGUCAAUAAAGAACAGUCCUCUCUCACGCAGGAGAUUGUCCACUAGUAUUGACCAGGUCAAUGCCCUUGGGACUGGAGUGAAGAGUGAUUACUCACCAGUUACCUUAAAGGGAUCCAUACCUGAGAAUAGUGCCUACGGAACUGUGGGUGACUCACAGGGUAUGCCACCACCAGGGCAUGAGGCAUAUCCAGUGGUUCAUGAUGGGACUGAGGUUAUACCUGAUGUAGCUCACUUGUUGCAUGAAGUCAACACUGCUAAUAGACAAAUGAUGAUACACGUUGAAGGACUUAGAGCUGAAAUUGAAGGUCUUAAGCAAGACUUGAGGCAAACCAAAUCAAUUGUUGGUUCAAUCAAAAGAGAGAUGUACAAUGUGAUUGGCAAGCUUGAGUCUGACGUGACAUUGUUAAAGGAGAACAUUGGCGAAUAUGUAUCUGUUAUUAAAUCUGGAGCUACACCCGUUGAAGUAGAGAAUAAGGAAAUAUUGAAAGCGUUUACAUCAGACCAGGUACUGCAGGCCUUGGAUCUGCUCUCCCUCUCUCAGUAUAAAAAUACCUUCUCUGUGAAAAGGGUGACUGGUUUGGAGCUGGUCCAAUAUAAUGACACUGUCCUCUCACAGGAUUUAGGCAUGACAAGCCAAUCUGACCGCAUAAGGAUGAUGCUCUUUAUUGAGGGAAGAGAAGCUGUUUGGAAGCUACUAGAGGCCCAGUCUCAAGCAACUGAAUAAUGACAUUGAUGAUAAUAAUAAUACGCUCAUCCAUGCACAUACAUAACAUUAAUGACUUUUGUGUUUAUUUUUUAUUUCUCUUGCAACCAAUGCAGUGUACAGUGUUAAAAUUUGUUUUUAAUGUUUGGUUGCAUUAAUUUAUUGUGUUUCUCAUGUUCUUUUUUUUAUUUUGUGCUUUUUUUGUUGGAUUUCAGUGAUAAUUAUAAGGACACGUGGAACCAUUUUGGAAAACAUA